AUGGUGGGCUUCAUCGACAGGCUGAACGCUCAGGUCGCGGACUCCGUCGUCGGCAGGCACUUCCGCCUCGAGGGCUCCGGCCACCCCAAGGAGCGCGAAGGGUCGCGGUUCACGACCGAGAUCCGCGCCGGGUUGACAACAUGGGCUGCGAUGGCGUACAUUAUCUCCGUCAACGCGUCCAUCAUCCAGGACUCCGGAGGAACCUGCGAGUGCCCCACGGGCGACGGCUGCUUUACUGACCCCACCUACGCCGCGUGUGUGGGAGAGGUCCGGCGGGACCUCAUCACCACCACCGCGGCCAUUUCCUGCCUCUCCUCCGUUCUCAUGGGUCUCUUCGCCAACCUCCCUGUCGGUCUCGCCCCAGGUCUUGGUCUUAACGCCUACUUCACGUACUCUGUCGUCGGUUUCCACGGGACUGGAUUCAUCACGUACAGGGAGGCGUUGGCUGCUGUCUUCAUGGAAGGCUGGAUCUUCUUCAUCCUCUCCAUCUUUGGCCUCCGCCAGUGGCUGGCGCGCAUCAUGCCGCAGUCGCUCGUCAUGGCCGUCGGUGCCGGGAUCGGUCUGUUCAUUGCCUUCAUCGGGCUCUCGCCGUCCGGCCUCGGCCUCAUUGGCGGCGACACGACCAACCUCGUCGGGCUCGGCGGCUGCCUCGCGUCGGACUACAUCACCGUCGGCGACGAGACGCUUGCGAACUACUGCGGCACGCAGGUCAUGCGCUCGCCCACGAUGUGGCUCGGGAUCUUCACCGGCGGGCUGCUCACCGUCUUCCUGAUGCUCUACCGCGUCAAGGGCGCGCUCCUCAUCGGCAUCUUCCUCACCUCGAUCAUCUCCUGGCCGCGCCCGACGUCGGUCACCGCGUUCCCGCACACCGAUGCCGGCGACGCCGCCUUCGACUUCUUCAAGAAGGUCGUCACCUUCCGCCCCCUCACCCACAUCGGCAACGCCCUCGACUACAACUACGGCAACGGCAAGGUCUGGUACGCGCUCAUCACCUUCCUCUACGUCGACAUCCUCGACACGACCGGGACGCUGUACUCGAUGGCGAAGUUCGCGGGGCUCCGCGACCCGGUGACGCUCGACUUUGAGAACUCGACGGUCGCGUACUGCGUCGACGCGUUCUCGAUCUCCAUGGGCGCGCUCAUGGGCACCUCGCCCGUGACCGCGUUCGUCGAGUCCUCGACGGGCAUCGCCGAGGGCGGCAAGACGGGCCUGACCGCGAUCGUGACCGGGCUCAUGUUCUUCGUCUCCAUCUUCUUCGCGCCCGUCUUCGCCUCGAUCCCGUCCUGGGCCACCGGCGGCGCGCUCGUCAUCGUCGGCUCGCUCAUGAUCCGCAACGCGCGCGAGAUCAACUGGGACUACGUCGGCGACGCCGUCCCCGCCUUCCUCACGCUCAUCAUCAUCCCGCUCUCGUACAACAUCGCGUACGGCGUGAUCGCCGGCGUGCUCUCCUACGUCCUCCUCAACGGCGGCGCCGCGCUCCUCCGCACGGCCUCCGGCGGCCGCGUCCUCCCGCCGAACUACGACCUCGCCGAGCGCUGGGCGGUGCCCCCGGGCGGGAUCGUGCCCGGGUGGAUGAAGCGGCUGGCGGGCCGCGGCGGCGCGCGCGCGGAGGACGUGCCGAUGGCGGCGGCGGGCGAGGGCAGCGAGAGCGAGCACGGCCGGAAGAGCUUCAGUGAGGAGAGCAAGCGGUGA